GUAGCCGCAGAGACUGUCACGACGAGCGGCAUGGCUGGCUGUCUCGUGGGAGAUGGUGGUGCAGGAGCCGCUAGUGAGAUCUUCAAGCAGGAGAGGCUGCACGCCGACGCUAGAAGAGAUGGAAAAGUUGAGGCACCCACUCCUGACCAAGAUAAUGAAAAGUUGAAAGUACUACUCGAUUCCAUCGCAGCGAUCCUGCUACGUCAACGGGAUAGUAGCAGUACCACGACUGAAGGACGGGACGGACAAGAAACUCCUGGCAGUAUUCGAACAUCAAAGUGCAUAGAAAGAAACACAGUAGAGCAUGAAGAGGAUUUCGCUGCUGAAGGACAUCAAGCAAAAGGGUCCCGAGGAGAUGAAGAUGACAAGUCUCAGACUUCUGAAGGUAUGCUGAAGCUCAUCCUAAAGGUCGUGCCAAGGUUGUUGGGGGAAGCACGCAGACUUGGGUCUACAGACUGCUGGGUAACCUUGCCUCAUACAGCAGAGGUGACGUCAAUCCUAAACAGCGAUGCAAAAGCAGUACCGAAAAGGGCGCAAUUGUUUACGUAGUUGGCUUGAAAAUGAAAUUGAAAACGAAAACAUCUAGACAUCAUUGUGAUUUCAACUUGAUUCGUUAGGGUGCGCUGGCUUCGUCCUCUGAUAGUCGGGAUACACAAGAAAGUGUGUGAGCCAAUAGUUGAAGUCAUCCUAUUUUCUUUUUGAGUCGUUCUAAUUCCUGGCCAGGGAAGGAGAGAGAAGGCCGACGAAGACAAAAUCCAGUUUAUCAAAUGCAUUGUCCUUGUUGUUACAGACCUGUGGAAUUACGCCUCAAUUUGGACGAGGACUUUUGGUGGUUACCACCGAACAACACGAAAAAUGAUGAUGAUGUACGGGGUAAAAACUACAUCAAGAAUGUUGACGACGAGAGGAUGGUCGACACGAAGAACAAGAUGAUAGACGAUGAAUCUUCAGGUUCUGGCCGCACGCCAUCUCUCAAGCGAACAAGAGGAGAGCGCAGUCCAAGUAAGACGAUAUUUGUUGACGGUUCAUCUUCAUCUUCAAGCGAGAAGAUGGCUGGUGGUCGUCCUGACUCCACUGCCGAGACUGACGUCGAUACAACUGUCGUUCCUACUUCAGGACAAGAACCCGUAACGGCUCGUCCAAAAACAGGCAUCCUCAAGGUCUCAGAGCAGAUCUGGGUGCCUUUGACGGAAGAUUUAGCCUUGCAGUACUGGCAGAAGAACGAUCCCGCAGGUUACGCCAUGUGGGGAGGUGAACGCCCUGACCUGGAUGAAGACGAGGCAGCAGAAGUGGUUAAGUCAAUGUUGAUCUGUGCUUUUUUCACUGGUCGUGUACAACUAGAGUAGUAAGAUGAUAAGUACUUCUGAAAAAGGAAAGCUUAGCAAGAAGAUACUGAAAAUAAACCAUAGCUCUUUAGUAUGCUUUAACAAAAGUGUGGAGGACCACGUCGCGGGUGAGAAUACAUUAAGUAGUAGUGUCAGUACCUUUGGGUCAGUACCUGCUUUGGUACCCCGUUCCUGGAAGCCACGUGACGUGGUUGGCGAGGAAGAUGAGUCGUGGAAUUUGCAGUAUACGAGUGAUGUUACGCGCGAAGAAUGGACUGGGUCCUCUGGGAGGGCUGCACAGGCAGAGGCAGAACUACAAGCCUCACUAAGAGCAGAAGAGGAGAGAAAUGCUACAGCGUCAAACGGAGUUGUAGCAACAGACGAGAUCGUUUCAAAAUCUUCUAGUGAAGAAGCUGGUCAUGCAGGUGCAGCUGGCGUUGCUACAGUUGCGUCUUGUGGUGCUCAUGUUGCAACGAAAUCGUCUUCAACCGGUGAAGCUCCGAGGUCUUCUUCCUGCGAACAAGCACAACCUGCCACUACAGAUAAGGAAGAAAAGUAUUAUUACGACUCGAAGAAACUGAAGCAUGAAUCACAUGAUGGCUUUGAUUCUCUAUCUCACCUAGGCCGCGGGUAUGAAAAUGCAUAUGGAUCUUUCAAUCAUUUUAAAAUAAAUAUAGGCCCUCUUCUAAUGUCCUCAUGGUUGGUCUCAUUCAGACUGGGCUGAGUGGCGGUCUCAAAGGCGUUCGGUGGAACUCGGUAUUUCUAUCGAGGAAGCGCGCCUUUUAGUGGCAGAACGUCCGAGCUGGACGGAGAGGCAAUGGCGUUCUUACGUUGCUGAGCAAAAGGCCAAGGUGAGUAGAACUGCGGAUGUGGACGAAAACGAAGCAAGCAGGAGUACGACUGCGGAUGUGACACUGGAGGAAACGGAUUUGGGGAAGAAAGAAAAUAACGCAUUCGUAAUUUUUUUGUGGGGAAAGAGUAUCGAGUAUGUUUUAGGCGCAUGCGUUCUGGGCAAGUCUCUGAGAAACAGUAAGACGAAGCACGAUCUCCUCUGUUUGCACACGAAGUUAUGAUGUAGCUAGUGGUGAAUAUGUGGAUGUCGAAGCAACUCAUCACUUCUAGGACACAAGGGCAAGGGGAGCAAGAGCGUCUAGGAACAACUUCAAACCCAAACGGAAGCCUAGGCAUCCUAUCCUAUCCUAUCCUAUCCUCUCCUAUCCGAAACGAAAACGUCAGUUCUGUAGUUGCUCUAUUCUAAUGAACGAGGUUCCAGAGCUGCGCUCGUUGCGGAGAUACUGGAGAACACAAAGAAUAGAGCACGUGGCAGCUUCGGACAAGGCCCUGUAUGGUGGUUGGCAAGAGCAAAGUCGCUUCGCGCACGUUUUCUAUGAUCAUUUUGUCACUGGUGGAAGCUUGUAGUUGUAAUCUGAUUACUUACAUCAAUGGUGAUGAUGUGAACGUGAAGUGAAACAAACAUCACUCACAGUUCGGUUCUUUUACGAUGAUAUUGGUUAUAGUCCCUGUGAUUUCAUCCUUUUCAUGUAGCUUGCUUUUCACCCCGUUGUAGCUUUUCACCUUGUUCCUCUUUCAUGUCUUUACCAAGCUCCAUGCGUUGCGACUGUACGACUACGAGAAAGUCUUGGUGCUCGACAUCGAUAUGAUCGUGAAGCACAACAUCGAUCAUCUUUUCAAUCUGCAGACGCCAGCCGCCAUGCGCAGGGGGGCAAACAACAACUCGCGCUAUCGUCAUGGGGACCCGUUAGACGGACGGGCUUUCUUUUGCCCAGAGAACCCAGACGAAAAACUCGACGACGUGAACAGCCUUUCUUGGUAUCAGGGCACGGGGAUCAAUGCAGGUAAGUAUUCGGAUUUGUAUAAUGACAUGUAGUGCUGGUCGACAAAAAUCCUUUAGAACAAGCAUUGUGACUGUGCAGGUACUUUGACACAGUGGUCGAGAAGCUGACCGACCUUACUGGAACUCUCGUGCGUGAUGAAGUUGAAAUACCACGUGCGAAAGUUGUCUCCUCUUCAAUUAUGAAACAUCUUCACAGGUGUAAUGCUAUUCCGACCAGACAAAUGGCGAUACGAAGACGUGUGCACAGUGGUGAAAAGUUGGCGACAUCCCGAGCACAUCUGCACUACAGCACCCGAACAGGACUUUUUGAGCAGGUAAUUGAAAUUAUACUUGUUGCGUUCCCUUAUUCUUUCGCUCCGACAAAGUUGAAGAUCUUUUUACUUCGUACUAGAUUCACCAGCAUGCGGCCGCUUGAGCAUCACUCCCAAAAUGUCCAGGUACUUCGCCGACGCGCCGUGGUACAACAUCUCAGUGCGGUACAACUUUCAGCUGCACCAGGUGUUUCACAACCUGAAUCCGUUAAACGACGCUGCCCGCAAGCGAUACCUGUCCCCGACGACACGCGAAAAAAUUUGCGUCAUUCAUUACUCGGGUGCCUUGAAACCGUGGCACCACGUGUGCGAUCGUGCACAUCAUGAUAAAAGCAGUGAUGAUUAAGGCUACAAGAUAUCCAUCUUCCCCAGCAUCUUGGUCCCAGUUUCAAAGGGAAAAUAAGGAGGCCCAAGAUGCUGCUGCAGAUGGAGACUCCUCUUAGUUCUAAAAUGAUUUCGCCCAGACGUGCUUGGAUGGAUUCGAUACCUACAAGCUGUGGCAUCUAGGGGAGGGCUGGCAAGACGAAGCCGUUCAGAAACAGCAAGGAGUUCGACGCGACGAGGAGUCUGGACAGCUUUUUGACCUAGACACAGGGGAGAAAGUGAACAUGGAACUAUUUAUGAAAGAAGUAGUUGUAUUCACUUUGACAUGAAGUAGACGAAAGUAGCUCACUCUUUCGCCUUGAGCUUGAAUCGGUAACACCAGAGAACAUGCUCAGAACAUCACAUGAAACAAAAAUCUAUUAUCAUUAUCAAGUUUCUUAAGAGUAGCCAAGAGUGUGAGAAUGAUAAUAGAUUUUGGCUUCAUACAUCACCCCCUUUUCAUACCUUUGAACGCUGCGUGUCUCGAAGCCAUUAGCCUGAUUGAAGACGCGCAUCAAUACUGGCUCUCGGUGUGGCGCCAGAUGUACACCGAAGAUUUCAGCCCUUUGGAAAGAAAAGUCUUUCGCGUUUUGCAUCGAGAAAAGGUCCCGUGGUUAUGAUGUUGUGACUGUGAAGCAGCAGCUUCUUGCACUUAUCACCAGUACUAGAAAAAGGCAUUUGGAUUUGACCUUGAUUGAAGAUACUCCUUUGUCCUGCUCUAAUCUGCGCCCCGUGGGAGGAGGAACAUCGCCGACUGCAGAUUGAAGAGGCAAAUCGAAAAGGCGAAUCGAAACUGGACUUUAUUUCACAAGCGGAGAAGAUUAAGUAUGUUGAAACAUAAUUUUGAUAUUUAUAGAUGAUGUGUUUGAACGGCGCUAAACAAAAGUUUAGAGUGGGGUUCGCAGAUGAACACCUUCAACUCAUGUUUUAAGAAGAGCACGAAGCUCAAAAAAUAGAUAUUCUGCGCGAUUGGCGCAUGAUCAGACCUUCUCGCACGCAGCUACAUACAGAGUGGGUGCUGCUCUAGGAUUUCAUGUGCUCUAAGCAUGACGCAAGUAGAUCUUGGCUCUCAUGUACUAUUAGUAUUUUUCUUAUAAAUAUCUUUUAUUUUUUCCGUUCGCUUUCCAGCAGUAGCGCUACUAACUUAUAUCUUGAGUUCCGAUCUUCUGCUUAUAUCAUCCAUCCUUGAUGAAUAACGCCUGCAUGUCCGUUGAUUGUCAGAGUCGAUCCUUUAGAAUAUUAAAAUUAUGGAACACCUAUGCUGAAGUACUUCUGCCCCGCGACCCCGCGGGCUCCAGUCAUGGAUCAUUCCCCAUCAAUCUUCUUACCCAGCAGGAUGAAUAUUUCUUGCGCCUCUGAUACGCUUUCGAAGUAGAGGCUCUAAGUCUAAGUCUAAGCCUCUGACCAC